AUGGCUACUGCUGUCCUCAAUGGACCGGAGGACCAGAAGCACGAUGUCAAUUCGCCUGCCAGCACGGAUGGUCCUGCUGAUCUCUUAGGCAGUGCUUACUUCCAGGCCACCGUGGACCCAGAAUCGUCCAUCCAGGAAAUGGACAAGAAGCAUACUCGGACUCAGAAAGGGAUAUUGGCUGAUAAAUCACCUACAAACCACGGCUCCCCACGUAACACCUCACCCGACAAGCAGACUUCCUCCCCGUCUAGCAGACCACAGAAUGCUUCUAGAACGCCGCAGUCUCGCUCAGCUCGUUUCGUCGAUCCUGCCUCAGCCGAACAGUCACCGCUUGCCAAUCGAAUGACCACUGUACCUGAGGACGAGGAAGCGGUCAUUGAUGUCCCAGAGAAGAGUGUACAAAUUUCAAGAGAUGUUCCAGACGUGAUCGAACCAACGAGUCAGACACACACGCCUGCAGAGGACGAGAACCGACAAGACUCGACGAAGCCACCUAGUCUCUACUCUCGCUUACGUGCCUUGGCCUCUUCACAAAGCUACUCCCACACGAGAACCAUUAGUGCACUGUCCACUCGUUCCCACGAUGCAAGAGAUGACCGGAAUGAUGCCGCUAUGAUAGCCACCAUCGAGGAUGACAAUACCGAUGCUGAUGCCGACGAGGAAAGUGGUGCUGAGAACGCUUUCACGCCUGUAGUAAAUAAGAAGAAACGCAAGAUUGUUCGAGGCCAAGAGGAUACCGAAAGCGCUCCUCCUUCGAUCUACGAAUCUCGAACAGACCUCCACCCUAGCCAGCCACCGAGGUCUGCCACCUUUCAAAGGCCACCUGUAUUGACUAGAAGAUCAACCGACCCUGAAAUGGUUGCUGGUGUCUCAGAAGACGAGGGCAGACGAAAGUUGGAUCGUACCUCUUCUUCGUGGACCCCCCGUCAUCCUUUACGUGGCUUAAGUCAUGGAGGACAGCGUGACGAUAGGAGCCCCGUGGAUGGAGGCUAUGGCCGACGCCCACAAUGGCUGAACCUCCACGCUAGCAGUUCUAGAGACCAGGCAGAUGCAGCUCCUACAAACGCAGCAAGAACACCCAGAAGGAAGCUGAUGUCAGAACGGGGAAGCACUCUCACUGGUGCUCGAUGGAAGCAGUUGAAACAUGGCUUACGUGCGUUGACUACUGGUAAGAAGAAGGAGAGGCUUACUCAAGAUCAGGAAAAGUCUGCCGAGCUUCUUGCUGAGCUGGCUGCUGGUAGUCCCGCUGCUCUGAUGCUCGCAAGCGUUUUUCAGCGAGACGAGCAUGGGAGUAAGCGCAUUCCCGCCCUGCUGGAACAGCUCAAGGUCUCUAUCACAGAUAGUGAGCUCGACAAGUACAAAGAAGUCGGCAAUCCUACUCCAGGCGACCGCCAUCUGGUCUUCAGAAUAGAGCUGGAGUAUGGCAAUGGCAUCAACCGCAUGAAAUGGAUCAUCUAUCGUUCUCUGAAAGAUUUUGCCAAUCUUCAUGCUAAAUACAAAAUUCAUUAUCAAUCAGAAAAGCUCAAGGGCCGUGGUGAUGCUUCUAAGAAAAUGCCCAAAUUCCCACGAAAAGCCUUUCCUUGGUUACAAGGCAUUCGAGGCUUCGAUGACACAGAUGACGAAGAAGACGAGCCUGCACUCGAUACGGACGCAGCUGCUACCGAUACUGAACGUCCCGGCAUGAGUCGAAGCAGAACCAGAACGUCCUUCAUGCUCCCAAGGCGACGCUCAACAGAUCCUGAAAACACGCCCACCACCCCUGGUGGCACCCUGCUUUUCCGACGAGCCAAAGACUUGGAAAGAGAUCAGCGCGACCGAGACAGAGACGCCAACGCAUUUCGUGAGAAACAGCGGAAGAUGCUCGAAGUCUAUUUACAGAGAAUGAUGAAAUUCAUGCUCUUCCGUGCCGAUGCCAACCGACUUUGUAAAUUCCUAGAGAUCUCUGCACUUGGUAUGCGUCUUGCUAGCGAGGGCAGCUACCACGGCAAGGAAGGGUUUCUCGUGAUCAGGUCCGCGAAAGGUCUCGACUUCCGGAAGACCUUGACCCCAAAGAAUGUCAAGAAUAGGCACACCCCGAAAUGGUUUCUUAUUAGGCAUAGCUAUAUCGUCUGUGUUGACUCUCCUGAAGGUAUGCACAUCUAUGACGUCUUUCUAUUUGACUCGGACUUCUCGGUCCAGUCCUCCAGAACAACUAUCAACAACGAAGGCGAGACGAAAAAGAGGUUCGGUGAAGCAGCAAAACAAAUAGGAGAGAGGUCAAAAGAACUGGCUAAGCACCCACAACACCAUCGCCUGAAGCUUGUCAAUUCCGAGAGACGAUUGAAACUGCUUGCCAGGAACGAGAGGGUGCUGCACCAAUUCGAGGAGUCUAUUCAAGCUAUCAUCACUUCUUCGCCUUGGUGUCAGAAAAACAGAUUUGACAGCUUCGCACCUGUUCGCACCAAAUGCUUCGCGCAGUGGCUGGUUGAUGGUAGAGACUACAUGUGGGUGGUUUCGAGAGCCCUUGAUCAGGCAAAGGAUGUCAUCUACAUCCACGACUGGUGGCUUAGUCCCGAGCUGUACAUGAGGAGACCUGCUGCCAUCAGCCAAAAGUGGCGUCUGGACCGAAUCUUGAAGCGGAAGGCUGAACAGGGUGUCAAAAUUUUUGUCAUUGUUUACCGAAACAUUGACGCCGCGGUACCGAUAGAUUCGCAGUACACGAAGUUCAGUCUUUUGGACCUUCACCCUAAUGUGUUUGUGCAACGCUCACCCAAUCAAUUUCGCCAAAACACUUUCUUCUGGGCACACCACGAAAAGCUAUGUAUCGUAGAUCAUACUUUGGCCUUCGUGGGUGGUAUCGACCUGUGUUUUGGAAGAUGGGACACACCUCAACACACUCUAACAGAUGACAAGCCAACAGGCUUCGAUGCUAUUGAGUUUCCCAAGGACGGCGACCAUUGUCAGCUGUGGCCAGGUAAGGACUACUCUAAUCCAAGAGUGCAAGACUUCUAUGCAUUGAACAAGCCUUAUGAGGAAAUGUAUGAUCGAAGUCAGGUGGCUCGAAUGCCAUGGCAUGAUAUCUCAAUGCAGAUCGUCGGUCAGCCUGCCAGAGACUUGACAAGGCACUUUGUGCAAAGGUGGAAUUACAUCCUACGCCAGCGGAAGCCAACCCGGCCAACGCCAUUCCUCCUGCCCCCACCAGACUUCAAUCCUGCCGAUCUUGAGGCGCUGGGUUUGGACGGCACAUGCGAAGUACAGCUGCUGCGCUCAGCUGGUCCUUGGUCAAUCGGUACUCCGGAUCGAACGGAACACAGCAUCAUGAACGCUUACGUCAAGAUGAUCGAAGAGUCGGAGCAUUUUGUCUACAUGGAGAACCAGUUCUUCAUCACGAGCUGUCAAACCGAAGGCGCGACAAUAUACAACAAGAUUGGAGAUGCCCUCGUGGAACGCAUAACCCGAGCCGCGAACAACGACGAAGCGUGGCGUGCAAUGAUCAUCAUACCUCUCAUCCCGGGUUUCCAGAACACCGUCGAAGAAGAAGGCGGCACUAGUGUGCGGCUUAUCAUGCAGUAUCAAUACCGCAGUAUUUGUCGAGGCGAGUCUUCGAUCUUUGGGAGAUUGAAGGCACUCAAUAUUGAGCCGGAAGACUAUAUCCAAUUUUAUGCUCUUAGGCAAUGGGGCAGGAUAGGGCCAAACCAGACCUUGGCCACUGAACAACUCUACAUUCACGCGAAGUGCAUUAUCGUCGAUGAUCGUAUCGCGCUGAUCGGGUCAGCCAAUAUCAACGAGCGGUCACAACUAGGCAAUCGCGACUCAGAAGUAGCUGCUGUUGUACGGGAUACCGAUAUGCUCUGGUCACGGAUGAACGGCCAGCCCUAUCGUGUAGGCAGAUUCGCUCACACGCUGCGUAUGAGGCUGAUGCGAGAACACCUUGGCCUUGACGUGGAUCAGAUCAUGGAAGAUUCCCAGGCUCUGGAGAAAGAGCACCAGAAAUGUGUUGGUAAGACAAAAGCACCACAGAAGCGGAACGUUGACUUCGAAGAGGAAGAUCCCAUAGCAGAAAAAGGGAGAGAGUUGCGUGAGGACCUUUUCACGCGAAACGAAGAGCUUAGCAGUUUUAACCAUGACGUUGACUGGGAGCAAGCUGGGAACCCGAACUUGAAGUCGAACCGCAAGCUCACCGAAGACUCCCGGGUUACUGGAAAGGCUGAGCACAAAGACGACCUCGAAGGCAAGGGUUUCGACCACAUGGCUGACAUUGAAAAAGCUGGGCAUGGUGAUGCUCGGGACACAGUGGUGCUACGCAGUGGAAAGGAAGUUUUGGUCAAGGACCAGGACACAGAAGGACAUCGCACAUUGGCAGAACCCCGAAAGCACGAUGAGAUUACUCGGUUGCCAUCGUAUGUGAUGAAAAUGGAAGCACCAAACCCACCUAUGCCUCCAAAGCCCAGCCUGGUUAGGAAGCACACUGAGGAUCUUGGCUUGACGAUGCUCUCGCAGCUUCCACCGCUACCGAAUAUAGAUGAUAGCGACAUCGGCGGUCCAUCACUCGAGCCCACCAUGUCAGCAGGCUCUGGCCAUGCCUAUCACCCAUUGCUCAAUGAGCUGCGCUUUCCACUGGUCGAGCGUGACAGCAUGAUCGAUCCGAUCCAUUUCAGCUUCGCAGAUGAGCUAUGGCACACUGUCGCAGAGAACAACACCAAGCUGUACCGCGCCGUGUUUCGCUGCAUGCCCGAUAACCUUGUUCGUGACUGGACCGAUUACCACGAAUACGUGGCUUAUGAGCAGCGAUUCCAAGAACUGCAGGGCAAGGAUCCAGACAACGCUAAGACAAACCGUGAAGGCAACCAGGAGCAUAAGAGGGCUGGGCCGCCUGGAGUGGGAGUUUCUGCAGUACAAGCACAACUCAAGACCCUUAGCAAGGUGCCUUCAGACCUCGCCAAAGCAGCAGGCGAAGCACAGCAGGCUGUUCAGAACGCGUUGAGCAAUGACAACAAGACCAAUGCUAGUGGCGUCGAAGAGGGAGAGAAAGAGGCACUUAAGAAGUGGGCAGCUGAAGCGAACCGAGCACAGAUGAAGAGAACAGGGACCGACCUAUCAUCACGAACGUUUCCUGAUCUGGACGAGAAGAGAGCAUUGCAGAGUGUGCCUGAAGAUGAAGCGUUAGCUCAAGCAAACAGACCAGAAAGCCAAGAAAGCGACGAACAAACUGUCAAGGCAUCACCUUCGGAUGGAGGGCAGGAGAAAGAGCAGGUAAAGGAAAAGCAGACGGGCACCACCACAUACAGUGGAUCUGUCAGACGGCGACGAAGGGGGACGACGCGCAGCUCACGACGCGACUUCAGUGCAGCCGACGAUAUGAUGAGCAUGGGAGAAGCAGAAGAGCUUCUCGGCAAAGUGCAGGGUCAUCUGAUCGAGUGGCCAUAUGACUGGCUAGAAGGCGUGGAAGCAGGCGGCCGUUGGCUGUACCCCUUCGAUCAGAUAUCGCCAAUUGAAAUCUAG